AGAUUAAAAACGAUGCACCGUUAGGACGCCAUGUUGGCUUCACGUGAGCUGUCGUCUUCUUGUGAGGCAGCAUGCUGGUUGUGCGUGAAGGUGACCGGAGACCGGAGACCGUGUAGCCGGUGACUGAAAUCAGUUGAAAUGGCUUCGUUGCGUGUCGUGAGGAGGACGUUCUCCGCGGCGGCAGAAGCAGCAGCAGCAGCUCCGGUACCGGUACCGGUCACAGGCAGCAGAUGGGACCGACUGAAGAAGAGUAAAGCGGUUGUGUGGUGUCGUGGCCUGCUCUCUGACUACAAAGAGGCCUGUCGGGAGGUGGUCGUCGGUUCGUGGGAGCGACCGUUCAAAGCCUCCGUGUACGCCUCUCUGCUGGGCGGGGCCUGGGCCUGUUUCUACACAAAACCCGACCGCUCGUCUUUCGAAGCCACCCUGCUGGAGUACUCCAACCAGCUGGGCCUGCUGUCGCCGUGGAUCCGCAACGGGACCUCCGACGGCCACGUGCAGAGCCUAGUGAAACUUCGCAACGAGGGCCGGCUCCAGCACGCCAGCCUGUUUCUCCUCUCUCUGGUUUACCGCGCCGACUACGACCCGGACGCGACGCUGUACGAAGCCAAGUGCUCCAACCUGUGGGUACCCUGGAGGGAGCUCCCUCAGCGGGUGCUAGACGUGGGCUUCGUCGGCCGCUGGUGGGUGCUGGACUCGAAGAUGAAGGACUACGACGUGAACGAGGACGAGUUCAAGCACCUUCCGGCGCACAUGCAGGUGACGUCGCCGCCCAGCGUUCAGGAGGUGGAGAGGAGCGAGAGGUUGCACAAAGAGUCCUGGUUAGCACUGACAGUGGAGGAAGAGGAGGAGAAGGAGAAGGAGAAGGAGAAGGAGACCCAUGUAGCGGACAGAAAGCAGGAGAGUCAGGCUUGAGUCUGUAUCCUCUUUCACUGCUCGUAUUUGGCUGCGUGGACAUUAAAAACAUGCUGGAUACAGAACUGUACCAGGGUAGUUAUUCUCAUUUCAUACAUCAUGCAUCAUGUUGGAAUCAACAAACCACUUUUAGCUGACAUUUUUCAGCUAUGAACUGUCCAAACUGUUUACUGUACUGUUUAAUAAGGAAAGAGGAAACAUCCACAGCUUUGUCUCGUCAAAGUAAAAGCAGCCCUUCAAAUUCCUUAUCUAUGUUUUUAUUUAUUCCAAACUUUUUUUUUGUAUGACAAAAAAGUAAUGCACAUCAUUUAUACCAUAAACCAUAUGUCAAUAAAUCUGUCAAUUAUCUCCAGA